AUGGAAAAAAAAUAUAAGGUGCUGUUGAAGAUGAACAAAGGAGGAGGAGCAAAGAAAAUGAAGUACGUGUUGGUGACCGGAGGAGUAGUGAGUGGACUUGGGAAAGGAGUGACGGCAAGUAGUAUUGGUGUGCUUCUUAAGGCCUGUGGACUUCGUGUUACUUCCAUCAAGAUUGAUCCGUACUUAAACACUGAUGCCGGAACAAUGUCACCUUUUGAGCAUGGAGAAGUCUAUGUCUUAGAUGAUGGUGGAGAGGUGGACCUGGACCUUGGAAACUAUGAGCGGUUUCUAGAUAUCAAGUUGACACGCGAUAAUAAUAUCACUACCGGAAAGAUUUAUCAGGCUGUUAUUGACAGAGAAAGAAGGGGAGAUUAUCUGGGAAAAACUGUGCAGGUUGUCCCUCACAUCACAGAUGCCAUUCAAGAGUGGAUUGAACGCGUAGCAAUGAUACCAGUUGACGGGCAGCCUGGUCCCGCUGAUGUUUGUGUUAUUGAAUUGGGUGGAACUAUAGGAGACAUCGAGUCCAUGCCAUUUACUGAGGCUCUAGGGCAGUUUUCAUAUCGAGUGGGCGCUGGCAACUUCUGCUUGAUUCAUGUCAGCCUUGUGCCUGUUUUAAGUGCUGUUGGUGAACAGAAAACAAAACCAACUCAACACAGUGUUCGGGGGCUGAGAAGCUUAGGUUUGACACCAAAUAUCUUAGCUUGUCGCAGCACAUCGACACUUGAUGAGAACGUAAAGCUGAAAAUCUCUCAAUUUUGCCAUGUCCCAGAAGAAUCUAUCAUCACUCUUUAUGAUGUUCCCAACAUCUGGCACCUUCCUUUGCUUUUAAGAGAGCAGAAGGCUCAUGAAGCAAUUUUGGGAGUGCUGAAUCUUCUUGGUGUUGCUAGGGAGCCUAAUUUGAAGGAAUGGACCUCUAGGGCUGAACUCUGUGAUAUGUUGCUUGAACCAGUUCGAAUUGCCAUUGUUGGGAAGUAUACAGGGGUUUCAGAUUCCUACCUUUCUUUAUUAAAGGCUCUUUUGCAUGCAUCUGUUUCUCUCCGCAAGAAACUUGUUGUGGAUUGGGUUCCAGCUAGCGAUCUUGAGGAUGAAACUGCAAACGAGAAUCCCGAUGCUUAUAAGGCUGCAUGGAAGUUGUUAAAGGGUGCAGAUGGUGUUCUUGUUCCAGGCGGAUUUGGUGACAGAGGCGUGGAAGGAAAAAUUCUUGCAGCCAAGUAUGCUCGAGAGAACAGAAUUCCAUUCCUUGGAAUCUGUCUGGGAAUGCAAAUUGCAGUUAUUGAUUUUGCACGAUCAAUCCUUGGUCUGCAAGAUGCUAACAGCACAGAGUUUGAUCCAGACACCAAGAGUCCCUGCGUUAUAUUUAUGCCUGAGGGCUCAAAAACCCACUUUGGGGGCACCAUGCGUCUUGGGUCAAGGAGGACUUAUUUCCAACUCAUGGACUGCAAAUCAGCAAAAUUGUAUGGUAAUAGAGGCUUUGUUGAUGAGAGACAUCGGCAUAGAUAUGAGGUGAAUCCUGAUAUGGUAUCACACCUGGAAGAUGCUGGGCUCUUAUUCACUGGCAAGGAUGAAACUGGUCGACGCAUGCAGAUAGUUGAGCUGCCUAAUCAUCCUUACUUCGUUGGUGUUCAAUUCCACCCUGAAUUUAAAUCAAGACCAGGGAAUCCUUCUGCACUAUUCUUAGGCCUGAUAGCAGCGGCAUGUGGCCAGCUAGAUUCUCUCUUACAUGCUCACAAGAUUCCCAAUGGAAUGGCCAAAAAAAUAAGCCUCUACCAAAAUGGAAAUGCAACCAAGUUUGCAAAAAUACCAGCAGAUGGUAUAUACAGCAAUUGCAAUGGUGUGCAUGCUUAA